UUGUAAGCGCGUUUGACAUAUGUUUGCGUUACCGCAAUGCUUAGGCCAUUAGGUGGAUGGGUUUGACAUCCACUGAUACAAGGUAUGCCAGAAAAACGUAAUUAUCGAACUAUUCGCAUUAGUCGUUUACAACUGAAACAAUGGUCAUCAUAUCUUGCUAUUGUAUUCACGCUUUUAUCGUUUAUUUUCAUCUCCACCGGUAUAUGGCUUCUUGAAAAUACUCGAGUUGAAUCUGAAAUAAUCGGUAGACGAUAUUAUUAUGAAGGUGGAAUUCUGUUUGUCACCAUUGGGAUAUUACUAUUAUUUUCGCUUAUAUGUCAAGCUUUUAUUAUACACUUAGUGUUUAUCUCUAAAAAGCCUUGGCGAUUCACUGAAACUAAAGUGAAGAGAGCAGUUACAUUGUAUUUAGUUUUUCUGUUUAUCAUAGCAGCUCCUCAUGUUUAUUGUCUGUAUCAUUUGAAGACAAUUAGGACAAAAUUAGUAUGGUCAAUUAAAGAGCAAACUGAAGAGGUUCUAGUUAAUUUAUAUGGAUUUCAACCAGAAUUUACAUCAGCUUGGGAUCAUUUACAAUCUCAAAGUGAAUGUUGUGGAUUUUCGGGUCCUCAUAUCUAUGCUUCUUCAAAAUGGAGAUACAGUCAUCCAAAUUCCUCUACCUUAGUUGUUUUGGUACCGGAUUCUUGUCGUACACUUGUGAGUUUAGAAGAACAAGUACUUCAAGACUUGAAAACAAAGUCUGAUAAUGAUGAAUCUGGUCAAGUGACUUUUCAAAAGGGGUGCUCAGAAUUUCUUUACUCUCACAUAGAAUCUGUCCUAACUGGUGCCUUUGUAGUACCGGUUGUUUCCCUUGUGAUUGUAGUUUUCUCAUUUAUCCUUGGAUUUGUUUUGUGUAAUUUCAUUGAAAUCGGAGAACAUAUAUGAAUGAUGAACAACAAUAUGUUAGUGUAAUCCUAUAAUAUAUAACUUUAUAUUAUUGAUCUCAUUACAAUAAAAUAAAGUGAAUCUCUCUCUCUAUUUCUUUUUCAAUUUUGCACCAUGAUUGAUUUUGUGUUUUACAUGCCUCCUUUUGUGUGUGUGUAUGUGUGUGUGUGUGUGUAUUUCUCUCUUCUUAUCCUAGUCGACCUUUCUUUUUAUACAAAAAAAAAAAACUUUUUUCUUUCUCCCAGUUCUAAAUGAUCAGAAUUAUAAAGUGUCAACAUUCUUCUAGCAAACUAACUUACUUCUCAUUUCGCUCAGUUAAUUAUGCUUACACAUCAAAUUUUUAUUUAUAUAUUAGAGUUAAAUAAAAAGUGUACUAGUU